UAUCUCUCCUUUCCCGUAAUACCAGCCGCCGCCCAAAUAUUCCAGCCGUCCCCAGCCGCGCGUGAGUUUCAUCCGGCCGGCCACCAGCCGUCCUCCAACCGCGCGCCCUGCUAGCUUCUUCCUUUGUUUUUUUCUAAGCCGACGGUGCCGCACUGCUACUCCAGAGGAGCAAGGCCGACCGCACUGCUACGAGUCCGACGGAGAAGCGCCGGCUGGCGCGGCCACGGCUGUGCGCUUGCGCGAGCAGGCCUACGAUACUGCCGUCCGAUCCCAGGCAAGUUUUAUGUCUCCUAACCUUUUAGUUCAUGUAAAACUUCAAUAGUAAUCCACACAUACAACUCUAAAUUAUGCUACAAUGUUUAAAUGUAAAUUAGUGGGGAAGGAGGGAGUUGUGAGUUGAUAACCUGAAAUAUAUUUUUUCUAUAACUUUGAUGUUGCAGUCACUGAGUUUCUAAGAAGUAGUCCUAAACCAUGGUGGAUAAGACAUGGAUCAAUGAUGAUGCUAGGUACAAAUCCAUUAUAACACAAAUAUAAAUGUGAUAUCUAUAGCUUAAAUGGAAUUUAACCUAAGAAUGAAAAUGAUGAUGCAUGUAGACACGACAAGACAUAUUUACAAGGUGUAAACAGCUUCUUGGCUUUUGCAUUUAGAAAUUUGGCUGUAGGGAACAAGAUUUUAUGCCCUUGUAGAAAGUGUGUUAACUCGUUUUGGAAAGAGGCAAGUGAAAUACGUGAGCACUUAAUAUGCGAUGGGUUUCUAAAAGGGUACACGAUAUGGAACUUGCAUGGGGAGACUAGCUCUGUUGUGAAUCAUGGAAACUAUGAUUACAAUGAGGUUAUGGAGGAACCUAAUGAAGAUGAUGACAUUUCUGAUUUGCUUAGAGACUUAGCUACUAGUUUAGAUGAUAGAGGAGAUUUUGAGGAUACAAGCUCUUUUGUUGACCCCUGUGAGGAGCUAGUUGCUAUUCAAAAGUUGGUUGCAGAAAAUAGCAAAGAGUUAUAUCCAAACUGCAAGAAAUAUACACAGCUACGUUUCCUGAUUAGAUUACUCCACAUCAAACUCCUCAGAGGAUGGACUGAUAGAUCUUUUAACUUACUACUCGAUUUACUUAAUGAUGCACUCCCUGAGGGUUCAACACUCCUGAAUUUUUUUUAUGAAGCUAAGAAAUUGGUGAAAACCGUAGGAAUUGGGUAUAUAAGUAUUCAUUCAUGCGAAAAUGAUUGCAUUCUCUAUUGGAAGGAGAAUUUAGAUCUGAAUUCAUGUCUAAAAUGUAAGGUUUCACGAUGGAAAUCAAUAAAGAAGAGUCUAGAUGGGAAACAUGUGUAUAAGGUUCCUAAGAAGGUUCUUCGAUACUUCCCAAUAAAGAAAAUGCUCCAAAGGUUAUUUUUGACCUCCAAAAUAGCAAAUCUAACACGAUGGCAUGCUGAAGGUCGAAAAAAAGAUGGUUUACUUAGACAUCCAGCAGAUUCACCCCUAUGGCAGGACUUUGACAACAAACAUCCAGAGUUUGCUGCAGAUAGCCGUAAUAUUCGCCUUGCAUUUGCAACUGAUGGCUUUAAUCCAUUUAGGUCCAUGAAUGUUAGCUAUAGUGUUUAGCCUGGUAUUUGUAUUCCGUACAACUUUCCACCUUCAAUGUGCAUGAAGCAAUCAAAUUUCAUCCUUUCUUUGUUGAUUCCUGGUCGAAAUGGACCUGGUAGUGACAUGGAUGUCUAUUUUCAACCCCUUGUUGAUGAUCUGCAAGAUAUGUUCGUCAAUGGAGCUAGAACUUAUGAUGCUUCAAAGGGUGAAUUCUUCAAGUUGCGAGCUGCACUAUUAUGGACUAUUACUGAUUUCCCAGGUCUAGGAUACACAUCUGGAUCUGUCACAUCUGGUGAAGCAGCAUGUCCUGAUUGCAACUACCACACUUGUUCACUUAGACUUAGUAAUGGCAGCAAGAAUUGCUAUAUGGAUCAUCGUAGAUUCUUGCUUGAUGACCAUCCAUUUAGGUUUGACAUUGAUAGAUUUGGUAAAACUGAGUUUAGGCCAGCACCUACUCCACUUUCUGGAGAACAAAUUUUAGAGUGCACUAAAGAUCUUAAUCAAACUUUUGGCAAGGAUCCAUCUAGAAAGAAACCGACAAACAAGAGACGCAGGAAAGGGGAACCAUUAGUCAUUCUCAAAAGGAGAUCUAUUUGGUUUAAACUACCAUACUGGAAAGAUUUAUUGUUGAGACAUAAUUUUGACAUCAUGCACAUAGGGAAAAAUGUGAGUGAAAGCUUACUUAAUACAUUCCUGGGCACAGAUGGGAAAUCAAAGGAUAACUUGAAUUCUCGGUUGGACCUUCAGGCCCUAGGUAUUAGAAGUGAUCUUCACCCUAUUGAAGUAGAAGACCAACUUUAUUUACCACCAGCACCUUACUCAAUGAGUCCUGCCGAGAGGAAAUUAUUUUGCCAAGUACUAAAAGGGGUGAAGUUUCUUGAUGGUUAUGCAGCUGAUAUACGACAUAAUGUACAUGUCAAUGAGAGGAAAAUAAUUGGACUUAAGAGUCAUGAGUGCCACAUUAUUCUACAACACUUGCUGCCACUUGCUGUUAAAAAAAUAUUGCCUACAAUAGUCAGUGCUGGAGUGAUCCGUAUAUCUAAUUUUUUCAAGAAACUUUCUGCACCAGUCAUUCGAAUAAGUGACAUGAAAAGUCUUGAGGCUGAUAUAGCUGAAACUUUGAGCUUUCUUGAGACUAUAUUUCUGCCUUCUUUUUUGAUAUUAUGGUACACUUGAUGGUACAUCUUCCCGCUCAAGCAAAAAUAGCAGGUCCAGCCCAUUUUCGAAGCAUGUGGCCGAUAGAGAGGUAUCUAAUGAGAUUGAAGGGUUCUGUUCAUACAAAAAGUCAUUGUGAAGGAUCAAUCAUGGAGUGGUCUAUGUUUACUGAAUGCCUUACAUUUUGUGCUCGCUAUUUACAUGGCGAGUCUCAAUUGAACCAUCUUGAUGCAAAUGAUGAAGAUUGUAGUACAACUCCUUUCUUCCAUAGAAUUGGUCGUGGAUUGUCUGGAAAAUGCAUAGUUACUUUAGACCACAAGACAUGGCUACAAGCCCAUAGAUAUGUUUUGUUCAACUAUUACGAUAUAGGGCCUUACUUGGAGUAAGUUAUCUAUAUAAGUAUAUAUCUUCUCAUCACAUGAUCACUACCUUUUGCAUGUUGAAGUGAUAAAAUGACCUUUGUAGCAAGCAUGCUCACUAUCUAUCCUCAAUUGGUCUUCAAAAUAAACGAGAUAUCAACCGCAUACAGCAUCAAUCCUUUCAUGAGUGGCUUAGGUUGCAUGUAAGUAAGAAAUAAACUUAAUAGAUUUAUUUGAGAUGGAAUUCACAUAUACUUUAACGGUAGCAUUUCAAAUUCAGGUGGAAGAAACGUGUGAAGAAGCAUCAGGCGAGAUUAAAAUUUUAGCCAAGGCACCAAUGAUGGUUGCACACAAGUAUAAUAGCUAGCUAUACCAUAAAUGGAUUCAAUUUCCACACACACUCCUAUGAUGAUGGUAGAGCUAUUCAAAAUAGUGGGGUUGUUGUAGUUGCAGAGUCAACAAGCUUUGACAGGGGUAAUAAUGAUAAUGUCAUAAUAGGAAAUAAGACCUAUUUUGGUAUUAUCAAUGAAAUUGUUGAACUAAACUAUAACCACAAAGGUAUGGUCGUGCUUUUCAAAUGUGAUUGGGUUGACAACCGUGUGCAGCACAAGUGGGUGAAAACUGACCAGUUAGGUAUCACAUCUGUCAAUUUUAAGCACUUGUUCAAUACAAGUGACAAAUUACCAGAUGAGCCUUUCAUUCUAGCAUCACAAGCGGUCCAAGUAUACUAUGUUCCUGAUCCAAUUGAUAUUGAGUGGGCUGCUGUUGUUCAAUCUAAAGCAAGAGAUGUGUAUGACCUGGAUAAUUUGGAGAACGAGCACAUAGAUAAUGAUAAUCAGUUUUUUGCCCCACUAGUUGAUCUAAAUGGCAAUGUGACUAUUGAUAUUGUUAAUGGGAUUGUCCCUGCUGUUAGAAGAGACAUAGAUGGUUACCUAGUUGAUCCUAAAACAUCUAAAACAAAAUCUGCAAAGUAAGUUCUUUUCUUCAUUUCUGCAAAGUAGCUGGUAUGUAUUGAGUACUUUUCAAGGAGUUGCUAAUUUCUUUAUUCUCUGUAGAAGACAAAAUGGCAAACAAAAGAAGAAAGCAUAACGAAGCUAUGGUCAACAUGUAUGAGAUGCAGCGACUUGCAACCAUUGCAGGCAACAAAAGACGGCUAGAUGCUCUUAAUAUCCCAACUUUGAGUAAUAUGCAGCAGCACCAGGGUCAACCUAAGAAAAGGAUAAAGAGAACUCACAACACCAGUGGUGCUGCAACUGAAGGUCAUAAUUUGCGUCCAAGGACACAAAGAAAUUUAUCUGAGAAUGCAAAUGAGCAGAUUGAUACAAAUAUUGGUUGUGAUUCAAUUGGAGAUUUUCUGUGUGACAAUGAUUGUAAUUAUUCUGUUGUUGCAUAUACUUUUUCACCUUGCUAUAGUACAACUAAUGUGUUUAAAUUAAUGGAAUCCCAUAGUCCACAAAAGAAGAGAAAAGGAAGGGGUAUUACAAAAUUGGAGGACAUAUUUGCAAGGGGAUCUGAGAUGGCAAAAAUUAAGAUAGAACUGAAUGAAUUUGGUCAACCUAUUGGAAACAAUUCAAGUAAGUUUUCUAGUGCUAUUGGGUGUCAUGUGAGAAAGAAGUUGUCAGUUAGCAGUGUUGACCGGAGACUAGUGGAUGGUGAGAAGAAGUAUGAAGUCUGGACCGACCUAAAGAAAAUCUUCGAUGUAGAUGAUGCUGCCUUUAACUGGUUUUUAACCACUGCUGGAAGGAAAUGGAAGGAUUUUAAGUCAACCCUAAAGGCGCAGUAUUUUAAUGAGAAUUUAACAGAAGAGGACAUAAAGAACAAGCAUAGUGGAAGGGUUAGUGAUGAGGAUUUGAAGUUUCUUUCUAAAUAUUGGGUGUCUCCUGAAUGUGAAGGAAAGACAAAAAAGCCAAAUUUAGUCGUUCAAAGGUUGGGGUACUUCAUACAUCUGGUAGCAAGAGCUUUGCUCGCUCUGGCCAUGAAAUGUCUAAGGAACUAGGUCACCCUCCUCGAAGAGAUGAACUCUAUAUCAAAAACACAUACCAGAAAGAAUGGAGUUCCAACAAGACUUGUUGAACCAGUUAUUAACAAACUUAAAGAAUAUGUUGAGGCCCAUCCAGAGUUGAAGGAAAGAACAAUUCAAGAAGGUGAUGCUUUUGCUGCUAUUUGUGGAGAGAAAGAGCCAAGAGGACGUGUCCGAGUUUUGGGUCUAGGACCAACUCCCCAGGUAUUGGUACCCCGGGCUUGAGAAGUUACACACCUACAAGACUCCAAAUGGAAGUCCUAGCCCGCAAAAAGGCUGAACGUGAGAAAGCUGCUCUAGAACAACGCAUAGCAGAAAUGGAGGAGAAAAUGCGGGAGCGAAGGAUGGCUCAUGAAAUGAGAGAUGUGGAAAUCAUCUCGCAUGAUGGUUCUAAUACACGACACCAUCCGGACACGAGGUCUGGACAACAUAUUGAUCAAACACAUAAUAUUGCUCAGUUUCAUGAAGAUGAAGCUUAUGUGGAGGAUGAAAUCUCUGAUGAGGGUGAAAACUUGCUUGGCAACAAUCAUGUUAGUGUUACCCCUGUAGUACAUCCAUCUAAAGGCAACCCUAUCAAUGGUACCCCAACAAUGCAGCCCUCUAGCAAGACGACCAAUACAACCCCAGUAGUGUAGCUAUCUCAAGGCAACCCUACUAAUGCGUCCCUAGCAGUGCAGCCCUGUCAAGGCAACACUAGAGCUAUCCCAACAAGUCUGCCUCUUCACACUGAACUUAUUGGAAAGGAUGCAUGUGAUCUUAUAUGCCAUAUUGAGAGAUCAUCCUGUGGCUAAGGGAACAAUUAUUUCAACUAAUCCAAGCUUAGUGCUAGGAGGAGUUGCUCUAGGAAAGCAAUAUUGUGAGGUUGUUGUGAAUGUUGUGCUGAAAAGGGAUGCCCUUCUACCUUGCCCAUAUGGUUAUUUGGAGGAGAUGGGUGAUGCUGAUCGGAUGUCGAUCGCAUGGCCGUACAAGAGACUAAAGGUGAGCAAGACAUCAAAAUCAUCCCAGAGUGCUACAGGAGGGAGGUCCUAGGGGUAGUAAGUCACUUGUUUACUCCAUGAUGACAAUAGCAAGCAGAUCGCGGUGGUGCCUAUGGAUGCUACAACAAGAAAGAUCAAAAGUUCUUUUGGAUAGAUGCAGCUAGAUAUUUUGUUUUGUAUUUUCUCCAAAAGAGAAAUUUGCAAGUGAACUUAAAAUUGUGAAACCAACAUGUGGUUGUACUAGCUAGUAUCUCUGAGCUUUCACAAGCCAAACUUAGUGUUGUUGUUGCUUAUUUUGAUCUUUAUUACAACAAAAGCAAACUUGUGAACUUUUUAUGUAUGAAUGCAGUACAAUUGUUAUUGUCAUGAAUGAAAACAUGAGCUAUGUAUGAAUGCAGUACAAUUGCUAUGUAUGAAUGCAGUACAAUUGUUAUCUGAUGUUGAUAAUAAUUGGAAACUGCUAGUAAUAUAUUUUUU